CGUGUUUCCGUACUAUGUGUACGGAAGUGUUGCUACUACUGCUGUUCAACAAAUGUAAUCUCACACUUGCUGAUUAUGAAUUAGGCGCUAUUGUUAUCGGUUUCCAGGCAGCCACACCGACGGUUUUUACAGUAUGACUGUAUAAUGAUUUUCCUUCGUAGAAAGCAGCGGAUAGGUUGACAAAUUCAAGCUUGACAGCGAGUCAGAGGAAGUCCAAAAUGAGUUCUCGGGAUGCACUGAGGAAAGCGUCCACUCUAGCAUCGUAUAAUGUGUUGCUACAGGUGAUGUUCCGUGUCCUCACCUUCUUGCUGAAUGCAUUCACACUGCGGUUUGUGUCCAAAGAGUUGAUUGGGGUUGUCAAUGUCAGGCUUACACUACUGUACUCCACAUUAGUGUUUUUAUCCAGAGAAGCUUUCCGGAGAGCCUGUCUGAGUGGGGCAUCUGGGACAAACCACAGCUGGAGACAAGUUAUAAACCUGCUAUGGCUGACGUUGCCUCUGGGUGUGUUAUGGGCAGCCUUGCUGGUAUGUGUGUGGCUGUGGCUCCUGGAGGUCCCAGACCCCCAGACUGUCCCUUACUACGGCCCUGCUGUGGUGUUGUUCGCCUUGUCAGGAGUGCAGGAGCUCCUGGCUGAGCCCCUCUGGGUCCUGGCUCAAGCUCACAUGUUUGUCCGACUGAAGGUGGUCGCUGAGAGCUUAGCAAUGAUCGCUAAGUGCAGUAUCACUGUGGUGCUGGUGGUGUUUGCCCGUGAAUGGGGCCUUUACAUCUUCUCCGCUGCUCAUUUGGUGUACACAGGAUUCCUGGUGCUGUGCUAUGCUGUUUACUUCGUUCAUUUCUUGGGCUCUAAAGAGGCAGCCAAGAAGAGUUUUCCUCUGCACUGUGUUGGAGAUCUUUUACCCUGUAGAGCUGAUGGAGAGUUGCUGGUUGAUUGGACUCUGGCGCGGCUCACAUGGAGCUUCUUCAAGCAGUCCUUUCUGAAGCAGAUCCUGACAGAGGGCGAGCGUUACGUCAUGACCUUCUUGAACGUCCUCAGCUUUGGAGACCAGGGAGUAUAUGACAUCGUCAAUAAUCUGGGAUCCAUGGUGGCUCGCUUCAUCUUCUUGCCUAUCGAGGAAAGCUUCUACAUCUUCUUUGCCAAAGUGCUGGAGCGAGGAUGUGAUGUCAAAAGUCAGAAACAGGAAGAAGUUGCCAUUGUGGCAGAGGUCCUGGAGUGUCUCCUGAAACUGGUGCUGGUGAUUGGUCUGAUUAUCACAGUGUUUGGCUUCGCCUACUCUCACUUGGCUCUGGACAUUUAUGGCGGCUCUCUACUGAGCAGUGGGGCAGGUCCCACUUUGCUGCGAUGCUACAGCUGCUAUGUUCUCCUGCUUGCUGUAAAUGGUGUAACAGAGUGCUUUGUAUUUGCUGCCAUGAGCCAAGAAGAGGUUGACAAGUAUAACUUGGUGAUGCUGGCUCUGUCUGUGUCUUUCCUGUUCCUGUCCUAUGUGCUGACAUGGUGGGCUGGCGCUGUGGGCUUCAUACUGGCAAACUGCCUUAACAUGGGCCUCCGCAUCUUGCACAGUCUGCUUUACAUACACCACUACUUCCGGACCAGUCAAUGGAAACCUCUGCGAGGCCUGUUGCCCUCCCCGCUCCUACUGCUGGCACUUGCUGUCAGUGCAGUUGUCACAGCGCUGUCUGAGGGUGUGUUCUGCUGUGACAGCGGCUGGUUGCUAAGGCUGGUCCACAUUGCCGUAGGAGCAGCGUGUCUGCUCUGUGUGUUUGUAGCUGUUCUUCUCUCAGAGACUCGGCUUAUUCACUUUGUGAGGACUCAGCUCUUGCCCCGAUACAAAAAAGAAACACACUUGAAUUAGACUUGAAGUGGGUGUACAGGACUGGAAGAAAGCUUCUGUUUCACUACAAACAGUUCUCACAGGAGCUGCUGAUUGACAGUUACUGACUGUGUGAAAGCAACAGGGGAACAACUAAAGAGACCUCUCAUGUGUGUGUAUGUGAAUGUGUGUGUGUAUGAUGUCGGUAUGUUUUCACAGGAUCAUUCCCGUCUUGGCACAUACAAGUAUGAACAAACACGUCAUUACUGUUUUGGGACCUGCUAAAAAAAUUCAUGUUGCAGGAAUAGAUUGCCCUGCACAAUAAAACAAGGCGACCUAAUUCAUAUUUGUGGUGUUAUAAUUUAUUUAAUGAAGAAAUAUUCAUUUAUAAACUGUAAGAUCUGUCGUGUGUGUCUAAAUGUUGUCAAAUCACUAAAACUCCCAUUUUUACGUAUGCUUUUCACCAUUUUUGAGGAUUCCAGAUUUAAAAUUAUAAAUACUCUAAUUAAAUAAAUAAUUAGCACUUGCUUGAGGCACAUUUGAUUAAAUUUGAUACAUUUAAAUUUGCAGCGAUAAGACAAUCAAGGUCUUGUAGUUUUUAUGAAAAACAGUUUGGUCUGUGUACUGUACUGUAUCUUAUGAUCUACACUUUCUUUUAGGAAUUCAGACACCUCAUAACAUGUCUGUUCACAUAACCUUUGUUUUUGACAAGGUAAAGAAGCAGGGAGGAAAUCUGUUUCGCACACCGCAAACAAAGCAUAACGGUACAUCUCCAUUUAUAUUUUUUUUGUUUCAAAAUGUUUGGUGACAUUUUCCUUGCUACAAAUGUUUAUUGUGAGGAAGUAUACACUUUAUAGAGCGUGGGUUUGCACACUGUUUGCACCAGUGAUAUGUUGUUUAUCAUAUUUUACUUUAUGGGAGCUAAGUAGGUUUGAGUUCAGCGAUUAUUUGACAUGUUGCUUGGAAACAUUUUCUAGUUAUUUGUUUGGCCCUACCUCUUUACUAACAGCCACUGAGUUUAGGGUCCCUAAGGGCUUAAUAAUGAUGUAAUUAUGGAAAAUGAGCAGGAAAGGGUGGGAACAACAUUCUUUCAAAGCAGAGCAAAACUCUCUGCUCCUUUGUUUAUUUAUUUAUUUUUACAUACACGAGUCAGGCAUGGUAUCAAGUGUGUUGGGAAGUUUGACGUCUUAAGACAGACAGCUACUUAUCUUUUGAGUCAUACAUUUUGAACUUUGAGUCCAGUCUGCCCAGCUUGCUUAUUACCAGUGCUGUUGGAAAGUGGUGGUUUGGCUGCAGGGGGGAGGGGGAGGGUACACAGACAGACAUUUGUCAUAUUCGUGCAUCUCUGGGAAAUGUAAUGCCACAAGUUGUAGCAGUGAUCUCAUCACCUUCUAAUGAAGCAGCAGAGAGGACAGCAGAACAUGAGAAAAACCAGAGAGACAGAAAAGAGGAGGAGCCUUUACACUCAUUGCGUCAUUUAUUAGUCUCAAGAACAGAUUUAUUGUCCACUGGAGAAUCACUGCGAGGUUGUGUAUAUAUGUGAGUGUGUGUUGGGCUGGACUUACAAGAGAAAAAGAGAGACAGCUGACAGAGAGGAAAGUUUCUUACAGCAUAUCUUCCAACUGCUCAACCAACAUGUCUCAAGUCAGGAAGAAGAUGAACAAAUGCAGCGUCCUGAAGUGAGAGAAGAGGACCUGAACAAAGCAAAGACCAAACUGGGUACAAGUGGGCCAGCGAAGAGCAAGACAUUUGAAGUAAUGGAGGAGUGUG